UCCGCUCCACCUGUUGCGGUGAGUCUGGAGUCCCGCUGCCCGUCAUCCCGAGCCGAGCCCGAGCCGCGCACCUGAGCCGGACCCCUGCAGCCACCCGGAGCCCCGGAGGACGGGCCCCACCGCCAUGGACAAGCUGAAGAGGGUCCUGAGCGGCCAGGACGGCAGCUCCGACAGCACGGACAUCCUGGAGGCAGCCAAUCAGGCGUCGACGCUGGCGUGGGGCACGCGUGUGAAGGCCUUCCUGCUGUGCUUCGUGUUGGGAGUUUCCUGCUCCAUCCUGGGCAGCUGUCUGCUGUGGCUUCCAGGAGUCGGUCUGGCUGUGUUCGCUGUCCUCUACAGCGUGGGAAAUCUCUGCUCCCUGGCCAGCACCAUGUUCCUGAUGGGUCCGCUGAAGCAGCUGAAGAGGAUGUGUGCUAAAGAGAGAGCGCUGGCUACUGUUGUCAUGCUGGUCUGUCUGGUGCUGACGCUGUGUGCUGCUUUCUGGUGGAAGAAUAACGGUCUCGCUCUACUUUUUUGCAUUCUGCAAUUUCUGGCAUUUGCCUGGUAUGGCCUGUCGUACAUCCCCUUUGCCAGGGAUGCCGUCAUCAAAAUGUUUUCACUCUGUAUGUGAAGACACACACACA